AUCGUCAUUUGCAGAUUGAAGCGCUCGAGGAUUGUGUCUGUUCGAGGCUUCGAGCUUUUGUUUUGGUUCCAACUUCCAAAUUUGAGGGAGGCUUUAUUGUCUUCUUGACUUUUUCUCUCUGCCGCGGCGGACGCCUCUCGGCUCUCGCAACCCUAUCUUCUUAUUCUUCUUCUUCUUCUUCCCUUUCAUGCACUAUCCUCAUUUAUGCAAUGGCUUCUUCGUCAGCUGCGCUGCUCAGAGCUUCUAGGGCUCGCUUGUCUUCCUCCCUUUCCUCUUUGUCUUCUUUGUCUAGAACAUCCCUCGCUUCACCUCCUCACUCUCCUUCUCUCAUCAACUAUCGAUCACUGAGUUUCUCCUCUGCUUUUCGAUCCCUGCGGUCCUCGCCUCCUAGGUGGAGCCACGGUUAUGAUUGGAGGUCGCCUCUUAGUCUUCGGGCUCAGAUCAGGACUGCUGCUCCUGUGAUCGAACGUUUCCAGCGCAAGAUUGCUACGAUGGCUUCUGAGAAUGCCUUCAAAGGUAUAUUGACCAGUCUUCCCAAGCCUGGGGGUGGCGAGUUUGGAAAGUUUUACAGUUUACCCGCUAUAAAUGAUCCAAGAAUCGAUAAGUUGCCAUAUUCUAUCAAGAUCCUUCUUGAGUCAGCCAUUCGUAAUUGUGAUAACUUCCAAGUAACCAAGGAAGAUGUUGAGAAAAUUAUUGAUUGGAAGAACACUUCCCCGAAGCAAGUUGAGAUCCCCUUCAAGCCUGCUCGUGUUCUUUUGCAGGAUUUCACUGGUGUACCAGCUGUGGUUGACCUGGCUAGCAUGAGGGAUUCCAUGAACAAGCUUGGCGGUGAUUCCAACAAGAUCAACCCUUUGGUUCCAGUGGAUCUCGUUAUUGAUCAUUCAGUCCAGGUCGAUGUUGCUAGAUCAGAAAAUGCAGUGCAGGCAAAUAUGGAUUUAGAAUUCCAAAGAAACAAGGAAAGGUUUGCUUUUCUUAAGUGGGGAUCUUCUGCAUUUCACAACAUGCUUGUUGUUCCACCAGGUUCUGGCAUAGUGCACCAGGUUAAUCUGGAAUACCUUGGGCGUGUUGUAUUCAACACUGAUGGCGUACUUUACCCUGAUAGUGUGGUUGGAACUGAUUCCCACACAACUAUGAUUGAUGGGUUAGGAGUUGCUGGCUGGGGAGUGGGAGGAAUUGAAGCAGAGGCAGCUAUGCUUGGCCAGCCUAUGAGCAUGGUGUUACCUGGUGUUGUUGGGUUCAAGCUUUCUGGGAAAUUGCACAAUGGUGUCACAGCUACCGACUUGGUGUUGACUGUGACACAAAUGUUGAGGAAGCAUGGUGUUGUUGGAAAGUUCGUGGAGUUCUAUGGUGAGGGUAUGGGUGAAUUAUCAUUGGCUGACAGGGCCACCAUUGCCAACAUGUCUCCUGAGUAUGGAGCAACCAUGGGCUUCUUUCCUGUAGAUCAUGUGACUUUGCAAUACCUUAAGUUGACUGGAAGAAGUGAUGAAACAGUGGCAAUGAUAGAAGCCUAUCUACGUGCAAACAAAAUGUUUGUUGACUACAAUGAGCCUCAGCAAGAAAGGGUGUACUCAUCCUACCUGGAAUUAGAUCUUGCAGAUGUUGAACCUUGUAUUUCAGGACCAAAACGUCCUCAUGACCGAGUUCCCUUGAAAGAAAUGAAAGCUGAUUGGCAUGCUUGUCUAGAUAACCAAGUUGGAUUCAAGGGUUUUGCUGUACCAAAGGAUUCACAGGACAAGGUUGCAAAGUUUUCAUUCCAUGGACAGCCUGCAGAGCUCAAGCAUGGUAGUGUUGUGAUAGCAGCCAUAACCAGCUGCACUAAUACUUCUAAUCCCAGUGUCAUGCUUGGGGCUGGCCUUGUUGCCAAAAAGGCCUGUGAACUUGGUUUGGAGGUUAAACCAUGGAUUAAGACAAGUCUUGCCCCAGGAUCAGGAGUAGUCACAAAAUAUUUGCUCCAGAGUGGACUUAAAAAAUAUUUGGACCAGCAAGGCUUUCAUAUUGUUGGCUAUGGAUGCACAACUUGUAUCGGGAAUUCUGGAGAACUUGAUGAAUCAGUUGCUUCUGCAAUUUCAGAGAAUGAUAUCAUUGCUGCAGCUGUGCUUUCUGGAAACCGUAACUUUGAAGGCCGUGUGCAUCCCUUGACAAGGGCUAACUAUCUUGCUUCACCUCCUUUAGUUGUUGCUUAUGCCCUUGCUGGCACGGUUGACAUUGAUUUCGAUAAGGAACCAAUUGGAACAGGGAAGGAUGGCAAGAGUGUAUUCUUCAAGGAUAUUUGGCCAUCCACUGAGGAAAUUGCAGAGGUAGUUCAAUCAUGUGUAUUGCCUGAUAUGUUUAAGAGUACUUACGAGUCUAUCACAAAGGGAAAUCCUACGUGGAAUCAACUGUCAGUCCCCGCCAACAGCCUGUACUCAUGGGAUCCCAGUUCCACUUAUAUUCAUGAGCCCCCAUACUUCAAGAACAUGACUUUGGAGCCACCUGGUUCCCAUGGAGUGAAGGAUGCCUACUGUUUGCUCAACUUUGGUGACAGUAUUACAACUGAUCACAUCUCCCCUGCAGGGAGCAUCCACAAGGACAGUCCUGCUGCCAAAUUUCUUCUUGAGCAUGGAGUUGACCGCAGGGACUUCAACUCUUACGGAAGCCGUCGUGGCAAUGAUGAAGUGAUGGCUAGGGGCACCUUUGCCAAUAUUCGUCUUGUCAACAAACUCUUGAAUGGAGAAGUUGGCCCUAAGACAAUUCACAUUCCAACUGGGGAGAAACUAUAUGUCUUUGAUGCAGCAAUGAGGUACAAGGCUGCUGGGCAGGACACGAUUGUUCUGGCUGGAGCAGAGUAUGGAAGUGGAAGCUCUCGAGAUUGGGCUGCUAAAGGACCCAUGUUGCUGGGCGUUAAAGCAGUGAUUGCCAAGAGCUUUGAGAGAAUCCACCGCAGUAAUUUGGUGGGGAUGGGUAUAAUUCCCCUCUGUUUCAAACCUGGUGAGGAUGCAGACACACUGGGUCUUACAGGUCAGGAGCGCUACACCAUUGACCUUCCUAGCAAAGUUAGUGAGAUAAGACCUGGUCAGGAUGUUACUGUUGUGACCGACACCGGCAAAUCUUUCACUUGCACAGUCCGCUUUGAUACAGAGGUAGAAUUGGCAUACUUCAACCAUGGAGGCAUUCUACCAUAUGUCAUCCGUAACCUCAUGAAGCAUUAAGUGGUCGAGUUAUUGAAUCAUCGAUUUCCUUGCAGUGUAAACUUCAUCGUGGGAAGCGAGAAAGGCCAGAGUGUGCAUCUCUAGGCACCAUUAUUCAUCUAGGGAACUUAUUUUACCACACGCCCUGCCGUGUGUUGUCUUAACCCUUCCCUCUUCUUCCAUGGAAUAAGAAAUUUUGAAUAAUUUUUUUUUUAAAAAAAGGAAUAGUUAGAUAUAUAUAUAUAUAUGGCCCAUCCAAAUGGGGUGCAGAGAGGUAUUCAGCACCUUCAGGGGCGGUUAUCCCAAAAUUGUUUUAUUUAGUGUUGGAAAUUGGAAUCGCUACUUCAAGGCGAUGCGAGAUGGCAACUGGAGUUCGUACUGUCAAAGAACAUUAUUCAUCAUUUGCUUUCUGCAACUAAAUUGAUCCCGCAUGUAUGUCUUUUUACAUCAUGGCCUUGUUAGCAACUUAUGACGAGAUAAUAGCCUUGAGUUGCUUGUCUGGGCAAUCUUUUCUGAAGGCGCGCGUUCUCGCAUGUGAAAGAAGGGUGAAUAAUAUGACAAUGGAUCUGGAUUAUGUGUUUGCUUUAGUUUCGUUUAUUAAAUAAUCAUUUGUA